AUGGCGGCCCCAGCGGCGUACAAGGACCGACAAUUCCUCGCCGUCAUAGGAGACGAAGAUUCCGUGACAGGCCUUCUUCUCGCAGGCAUUGGCCAUGUCACAGACCCUCCCGACUCGCAGAAGAAUUUCCUCGUGUGUGAUUCAAAGACCGAAAAGUCUGAAAUCGAGAAGGCAUUCAACAGCUUUACAAAAGAACGGAAGGAUAUUGGCAUUGUCUUAAUAAACCAACAUAUCGCGGAGCAGAUACGAGAUACUGUCGACAAGUUCCGAGAUGCGUUUCCAGCGGUUCUCGAGAUCCCCAGCAAAGAUCAUCCUUAUGAUCCAGAGAAAGACAGCGUUUUGAGGAGAGUACGGAGGCUUUUUGGCGAAUAG